AUGCACAUCCAUGUGCACAUCGGCCCCCAACGGCAGGCAGGAGCAGCGCCGCCCGGACGCGUCCGCCUGCUCCCUCCCUCCGCGUCCGCCCCCGCCCGUGUCACGACGCCCGCGCCCCUCACGCCCCUACACAGGACGGCCACGAUCCCCUCCGUAGGUGUUAUGACCCUAGCUCGAAGCCCCGCCCACCACCCACCCUGCCUGACCCCGCCCCUCGCUCCUCCCCCCCCGAACCCUGGGGUGCUUACAGUACCAAGCGGAGGCGAGCCAGUCAGUGCGGAUCCGUCGACGAGGGCGAGGUCUGCGCUGCCGCUCGCUGGUUCCUGUUGGCUCGGAGGGGCGGCCGUGGUGCGCCUCCAGUGCUAG